CCGCACAUGACCGGGGAAGCCAAUCAGAGGCGCUCCGGAGCGGCUCCUGCCAGGCGCUUCCAGCCCCGCUCGCCUCUCCCCUCCUCCUCCUCCUCCUCCUCCUCCUCGGCGGCGGCGGCGGCUCCGGCUCCUCGGGCUUGGCGAAGCGACGCCGCCCCUCUGCUCCCAGACACGCGUCCUCCCUCCCGCCCGCAUCCAGACGUGCAACGAGAGGAGGAGACCCGGCGGCCGCUUCUCCCGCCCAGCCGAGCCCCGCACCGAGAGCGCCUUUUGUCUGGGCUGGGCUUGGGCAGAGCCGCGGGGCGGCUGCAUGGGGGCUCCGCGCGGCUCCGGGGGCGGCCGGGGCUAGAGACACCCCCUCCUCCUCCUCUUCCUCCUCCCUCUCCCGUCUCUCGCUUGCUCCGCCCGGGGAGGGGUCGCCAUGGAUUGCACGAGCGGCUGCGGGGGCGGCAGCGACCCCCGGCCGCUGGAAGAGAGCAAGCCGUUGCUGGGCGAGGCGCCCGAAGGGACCAAGCCCGGAGCCGCCCCGUGCCGGCGAGGCGUCCACUGCAGCGGCAUGAGGUACAAGCUGCUCCAAGAAGGGGACAUUCAGGUGUGCGUCGUGCGGCACCCCCGGACUUUCCUCAGCAAGAUCCUCACCUCCAAGUUCCUGCGCCGCUGGGAGCCUCAUCACCUGGCCCUGGCCGACCACAGCCUGGCCUCCGCCACGCCAACUGGGUACAUGGAAAGCUCCAUUUCCUACAGUUCAAUUGAAGAUAUUCAGUUGCUCUCUUGGGAAAAUGCCCCAAAGUAUUGUUUACAGCUCACAAUCCCUGGAGGGACCGUCUUGUUGCAGGCUGCAAACAGUUACCUGAGAGACCAGUGGUUCCAUUCCUUGCAGUGGAAGAAAAAGAUCUACAAGUACAAGAAAGUGCUGAGUAAUCCAAGCCGCUUAGAGGUGGUCCUGAAAGAAAUCCGGACUUUGGUGGACAUGGCAUUAACUUCCCCUUUGCAGGAUGAAUCCAUACAUCAAGCUCCUUUAGAAAUUGUUUCCAAGUUGCUUUCAGAGGCGACCAAUUUAACUACUCAAGAGCAUGAAAAUAUCAUUGUGGCACUUGCUCCUUUGCUGGAAAACAACCACCCACCACCUGACCUGUGUGAAUUCUUUUGCAAGCAUUGCCGAGAACGCCCUCGGUCUAUGGUGGUCAUAGAAGUGUUCACUCCAGUGGUACAGAGAAUUCUAAAACAUAACAUGGAUUUUGGUAAAUGCCCUCGGUUGCGGCUCUUUACUCAGGAGUAUAUUCUGGCCUUGAAUGAACUGAAUGCAGGCAUGGAAGUGGUAAAGAAAUUUAUCCACAGUAUGCACGGCCCGACCGGUCAGUGUCCGCAUCCACGGGUCCUUCCGAAUCUCGUUGCCGUCUGUCUAGCAGCCAUUUAUUCUUGCUACGAAGAAUUCAUCAACAGCCGGGACAAUUCUCCAAGCCUGAAGGAAAUUCGGAAUGGCUGCCAACAGCCUUGCGACCGAAAGCCCAAUCUGCCUCUUCGUCUUCUCCACACCAGCCCUGACCUGAUGUCCCGGGAGGCUACGCUGGCUGAAUCCCGCCUCAAGUCAGUCAUCGUCACGUCCAAUGAGAUCCACGUGGAGGUGGAACGCAACAACAUGGCCAAUCAGAAGAUGACUGCCAGCAUUGGCAACGACAGCGAACCCAACCUCAUUGACUGUUUGAUGGUCAGCCCCACCUGCAGUAGCAUUAGCAUUGAACUCAGCGCUCAGGCGGACCGUAUCCUCAGCUGCUUUGUGGAAAUACUCAAGAUGCUAUCAGAUUACGAAGAUUGGAGACCAGCUCUGGCCAGUUUGCUCCAGCCCAUCCCAUUCCCCAAGGAGGCUCUUGCACACGAGAAGUUCACAAAGGAGCUGAAGUACGUCAUUCAAAGAUUUGCAGAAGACCCAAGGCAAGAAGUCCAUUCCUGUUUGCUGAGCGUGAGGGCCGGCAAGGAUGGCUGGUUCCAGCUCUACAGCCCUGGUGGUGUGGCAUGUGAUGAUGAUGGGGAACUGUUUGCCAGUAUGGUUCACAUUUUAAUGGGCUCCUGCUACAAGACAAAAAAGUUUCUGCUCUCCUUGGCUGAGAACAAACUGGGGCCUUGCAUGUUGCUGGCACUGAGAGGCAACCAAACUAUGGUGGAGAUCCUUUGCCUGAUGCUGGAGUACAACAUCAUUGAGAACAAGGACACGCAGCUUCAGAUUAUCUCAACCUUGGAGAGCACCGACGUGGGGAAGAAAAUGUAUGAGCAGCUUUGUGACCGGCAGAGGGAACUCAAAGAGCUGCAAAGGAAAGGUGGCCCCACCAGGCUAACACUGCCAUCAAAAUCCACGGAUGCGGACCUGGCUCGUCUCUUAAGCUCGGGCUCUUUUGGAAAUUUGGAGAACCUCAGCCUGGCCUUUACCAACGUCACAAGUGCCUGCGCAGAGCAUCUAAUCAAACUGCCUUCACUCAAGCAGCUGAACCUGUGGUCCACUCAGUUUGGGGAUGCAGGUUUGCGGCUCCUAUCUGAACACCUGACAAUGCUUCAAGUGCUCAACUUGUGUGAAACGCCCGUUACCGAUGCUGGCCUGCUGGCCCUCAGCUCCAUGAAAAGCCUCUGUAGUUUAAACAUGAACAGCACCAAGCUCUCAGCAGACACCUAUGAAGACCUCAAGGCUAAAUUGCCCAAUUUGAAGGAAGUGGACGUCCGCUAUACUGAAGCUUGGUGAAAAAAAAAAAAUCCCUCGUGGCGCAUUUGUAGAAUUUUUUUCUUUUUUGACGGGGAGAGAAGAGAAAGAUUUCUAAACCAUAAAAAACAAAAAAAGCAGAGAACUUAGACUUUUGGCGUUUGCCUCUAGAGAGCAGGUUCUGAGGACAUCCAUAUUUUUAGGUGCUCUGUGUGUGAAGUAGUGAAGUAUGAUUUUUUUUUCUCCCCCGGGUGGAUAUUCACACACCAGACCUAAUUCUUUCAGCUUCGUACUCUCGAAUUCAACAUCUUUUGAAUUAAAGGGAUGGGAAGUCAAGAAGGCAAGACUGAAUAGCCUGAAGAAGAUUUGGGAGGGGGGGUUGGGGGGGAGGGGAGGUCAUCUUUUGGUUCUGGUUUGCUCUUCUUUUUUUUUUGUACUUUUUUAAAACUGUGUGUCAAGGUUGUGUUUUGGUGUUUUUUUUUUUACACAAGAAUAUGCACCGGAUUUUUCAGUUUUUCCUUUAACCUUGGCCUUUUCCGUAGAUGCUUUCCCAUCCCUUCUGUUCUUCAGCGAGAAACAGAAAGGAAAAAAAGAAGUAGAACGUAGGCGAAAAUCAAGAGACGAAGCAUUCGUAGCAGCUCAUAAGAUUUUCCUCCCUUUUCUCAUUCGUUCGUUCGCUCCUUUCAAUCAUUAUGCAAAGUGAUGUUCUUGUAUAUACAAUUUACAUAAUACGCCUAUUUAAAAAAAAAAGAAAAGAAAAAAGGAAGAAAGUUCAGAAAGAACAGGUCUGGGACCUGUCUUUUAUUUAUGAAUUGUUAAUCCAUUGUUUGUUUCAUUUAUUUUUGUUUUGUUUCGCGUAGAGUACUGUGUAAACAACUUUGGCGUCUUUUGGUUGUUGUUGUUGCGCUUAAAAAGACAGAACAAAAGAGAAUUGCCCUCUUGUAUUAUAUACACCGUUGGUCCAGCCCAUCUUAACUUUCUUUGGUUUAUAUAUGCCUCGAAUUUAUUCAACCAGGGAAAAAGAAUAUACUUGCAUAGGCCUGGUGCAUGUGUGUGUGUGUGUAUACACACACAUACACAUAAGAGCAGAACACUGGAUGGGCUAUUGGGAAUAAAUUUUUGAAUUCCUAAAGCCGCAUUUUCAGAUUAUGCGAGGUGUAGAAAUUAGGAGGGGUAAGCAAACCACUUCUAUUUAUGGAUAUGAUUAUUUCUAAGGCUAGAGAAAAUGCUUCGGUUUUUACCUGGGAGUGAAGAUUGAGCGGUCAACUAUUUGUGUUAGGAUUUGCCAAGGUUUGGUUUCUAUUUUAUGUCCAAAAUUUCACCUUUCGGUUCAUUUCCUUUUAGGGAGAUGUUUCCCACUGGUUCUCUCGCCAACUAUUGGCUUAUGUUCACCCUCCUCAGCACGGAGACCCUUCUGCCAUUUUGGUCUACGGCUGACCCAUCAGCCCCGUAGAAAAUUCUGGAAACUGAUAGGCCUAUUGGGCUACAAGGAGAAGAAGGUUGGUUCAGAAUCCAUGUGGCCUUCCGAGGUCCAGAGAUGGACACUGAAUUGUCUUUCCUGUGUAAAGUUUCUCAGAGCCUCUUUGGUCUCGUGGUGAAGGCACCAGGCUAGAAACCAGGAGAUGGUGAGUUCUAGUUCCAUCUCGGAUAUGAACGCCAGCUGGGUGACUUUAGGCUAGACCUUCUCUCUCAGCCCAGCCCACCUCCCAGGGUUGUUGUUUUUAGGAAAAAGAGGAGGAGGAAGGAGUAUUAAGUACGUUCGCCAGAUUAAGACGGGAUAAAAAUCUAAUAAAUAAAUAAAUCCCUCCUGAACCACUAUCUUACUUUCCUUCACCCUCCUCUGUGAUUACUCAGAUACGUGAUAAAAGAGGAUUUUUUUUUUAAAAAAAAGUGGUUUCUUUUAUAAAUACGCUUUUGAGUUUAUUUUUUUUUCCACGCUAAGCUUUCUUUCAAUGGAACAGCCGCUUCAUCCUUGUUUUGUUUUGUUUUUUAAAAAAUCCACAAAUAACGAGGCAAAAGUUCUGUCUUACGUCCCUUUUCAAUGUUACGCAGGUAAAUAUAAAUAUUCAGGUUCUUUUGGCGAUGUAAGAGAUUUAAAAACCAGGUAUGCAUAUAAACACACACACAUGCGCAUAAAUAAAAAGAAAUCUUUGUUUUUGUUUUUUCCUUUAAUGUGGUUGGAUAGUUUAUUCCCAUUUUGAAUCCCUUGUUAUUUCUGGACCCUCCGUUUUUUAUAACCAUAUCAAACAAUAACAAAACAAACCCCACAAUUGGUUCGAGUCUUAAUUCGUAUGUUGUGCCACAAAUGUUGCGGGGGAUGUUCAUUGUUUGUAGUUUUUGCUGUGGGGGGGGGGGGACGACGACAAUAGGUGUGUUUAGGAAAGUCAAGAUUGUGCCCCCCUCAUUUUUAUAUGGGUCCCAAGCACCUCAAAAAAAAAAAAGGCUAAGCGGUUCCAUCGUGCAGCCAUCUUGAUUCCUUUUCUUCUUUUUUUAACACAGACCCCACAAAUGCUCCUGUUUCUGCCUUAGAUCCCUUAAUCCUGUUCGAUAAAACUCAGUGAGGGGAAGAAAGAGAAAAAAAACCUAAUGCCAACAUUUUAUCCUUAGCUGCUUUUACUGAUGGAUUACUACUACUGUUCUGUAGCCAUGUUUAAAAGAGAAAAUUAAAAAAAAAACCAUGUGGAAUAAUUUCAGGCGACAAAAAUAAAUAAAACUGUAACUGAAUAUCUUU